CUAUCCGUUCCUUCCCCAGCGCCGCCGCCUUCCCCCCACCCCCGUUCCUUCCCAAGCGCCGCCUCACGAGUCACUACGACCCUACCCUCGCCGACGUCAACCCCGCGCUCCAUCGCCUUCUAUGGCCUGUGUAGCUUUGGUCUAGCCGGCCGGCCCCGCUAGCCCAUCGGAUUUCCGUGGAGCAUUUCUGGGGCGGUCGCUUCGGCUCGCUUCCCUGCGAUGAAUUGAGGAGUGGAGUGGAUAUGUUGGGCGUAUCAUCCCUCCGCUUCGCUGCUCUUCGUUGCCACGCCUCCGCCACGGCUUGCGGCGGAAAUACCUCGCCUGCGGAUGUAGGUUGGCUUUCGUUUCAUGUGCCGGAGCAGGAGGUGGACGAAGUUGACACAGCACCGCCGGAGAAUAUGCACAAGUGGAGGAUGGUGAUCGCCUAUGACGGGACAAAGUUCAAAGGUUGGCAGUAUCAGCCAUCAUGUCCAACCAUACAAUGCUUUUUAGAGAAUGCUCUGAUACGCAUAACUAAGCUGGAUCGGAAGAAGCUAUGCUUGGUUGGUGCAGGCAGGACAGAUACAGGUGUUCAUGCAUGGGGUCAGGUGGCACAUUUCACUACACCCUUUGCUUAUGAUUGCCUCGAUAGCAUUCAUUCUGCAAUCAAUGGACUUCUUCCUCCUGAGAUUCGAGUAAGGGAAAUCAGUGCUGCACGUCCUGAUUUCCAUGCUCGUACAUCCACAAAAAGCAAAAUCUAUCACUACAAGAUCUAUAAUGAAGCAAUCAUGGAUCCCUUUCAUAAUUUUUAUGCUUAUCAUAGUGCUUACAAACUUAAUCCGCAUGCCAUGCGACAGGCUGCAAAACACUUUGUUGGCAUCCAUGACUUCACAUCUUUUGCUAAUGCAGCACAUAAUGAUCGUGAACGCAGUCCUGUAAAGAAGAUAACACGCUUUGAUGUUACUGAAAUGGGUGCUGUCUUACAGCUUGAGGUUGAAGGCACUGGUUUUCUGUACAGACAAGUGAGGAACAUGGUAGCUUUGCUGCUUCAAGUUGGAAAGGAAGCCCUGCCUCCUGACAUUGUUCCAAAGAUAAUUGCGGCAAGGGACCGCAAAGAACUAGCGAAGGUGGCCUUGUCAGCACCACCACAUGGAUUGUAUCUCAUGUCGGUUAACUAUGACAAGGAAAUCCUGAAGGCCCCUGAAGGUUCUCCUCCAAUUUCUUUCGGUAGGACCCACCAGCUUAGUAAAUGCAAACUUACAUUUUAUUAGCUUUUGUAUUACUGAAUAGCUAUCUGCCAGAAAUGUACCAUAUUUUAGUUUCUUUUGGAUCCAAUAGUUUCCUUGAACUGUCAACCACAGGACCUGAAUGCCUGCUAGUUUCUGGGUACAGGAUUUGAUCAUGGUACCCUAACAAAUUUUCUCUUUACACUCA